ACUCUUUGAUAUAACCACCAUUUCAAUAAUUGUGCUUGUCAUGCCGGUUAAGUUGUAAAUUCCUGUUAAUUACAUACAAAUAUCUAUUUAUAUACAUAUACCUUACCUUUCUUGCUUGUUUCUGAUAUAAGCUGAAACAAUUAUUGAAACUCUGUUUUUGAAUUGAUUGGAUUUACGAGUCAGUUAGAUUUUACUAAAAGGAAAAUAUGGUGAAGAAAGUGGUGAAUGAUGUUGAGAUGAAAGAUGUGGCCAGCCCGAGUAGCACCACUGGUGCUGUGAAUGGGGUGGAGAAAGAAGAAGUGAAAAAAGACCCUGACUUACUCACAUUGGAAGAUAUUAAAGAACAAGUGAAACACAUUGAAAAGGCUGUUGUUACAAAAGAACCACGUUUUAUGUAUCGUGUGAUACGAGCUCUGGUGUCAAUCCGUAGGAGAAUUAAUCAUGCAGUUUUGAGACGUUUACUAAUGGCAUAUCUUGGCAACCAACCUGCUGCACAAACUUUAUGUUCCUUUCUUGAAGAGCCAAUGGAAACAAACAAUAAUUUAGCACAAUUCCGCCCUCGUACAGGGAAAACGGCUAAUGCACCACUUCUGCUGGAAAUUGAAGUUUAUCUCCAUUUACUGGUGGUUAUACAUCUCAUUGAUGUGAAGAAAUAUGAUGAGGGUGUAAAAUGUGUUGAUUUAUUAAUGACCAAGAUCACCUCUCAAAAUCGCCGCUCUCUCGAUAUGUUAGCAGCAAAAUGUUAUUUCUAUUACUCUAGAGUCUAUGAGUUAACAGACCAACUAGACAAAAUUCGCACUUUUCUUCAUGCUCGACUACGUACAGCUACUUUGCGAUCUGAUUUUGAAGGCCAAGCAGUGUUGUUGAACCUUUUACUGAGAAAUUAUUUGCAUUAUAACUUGAUAGAGCAAGCUGAUAAACUUGUAUCAAAAUCUGCAUUUCCUGAUGGAGCUGCUUCAAAUAAUGAACUGGCUCGAUUCCUCUAUUAUUUAGGACGUAUCAAAGCAGCCCAACUAGAAUACACUGAUGCUCACAAAAAACUGAAUCAAGCAAUUAGGAAAGCCCCUCAACAUACUGCUGUAGGCUUCAAACAGACGGUACACAAGCUUGCAAUAACCGUUGAGUUGUUGCUUGGUAAUAUUCCUGACAGAUCUGUCUUCCGUCAGCCUUGUUACAGGAAAACUUUGGCCCCGUAUUUUCAAUUAACACAAGCUGUAAAGAAAGGUAGUUUAGAAAUGUUUAACGAAGUAUUGGAGAAAUUUGGUAGUAAAUUUCAAGCUGAAAACACAUAUACAUUGAUUAUCAGACUGCGGCACAAUGUUAUUAAAACUGGUGUACGUAUGAUUAAUGUAUCUUACUCCAGAAUAUCAUUGAAAGACAUUGCUCAAAAGUUACUACUGGAUACCUAUGAGGAUGCAGAAUACAUUGUAGCAAAGGCAAUCCGUGAUGGUGUUAUUGAAGCCACAAUUGACCAUGAUCAAUGUUAUGUCCAGUCUAAAGAGACGAGUGACAUUUACUCAACACGUGAACCUAUGACAGCAUUCCAUCAAAGGAUAAAGUUUUGCUUGGACAUUCAUAAUUCUUCAGUCAAGGCUAUGCGGUUUCCACCUAAAUCAUACAAUAAAGAUUUAGAAUCUGCUGAGGAGAGGCGUGAGCGAGAGCAGCAAGAACUUGAAAAUGCAAAAGAAAUAGCUGAUGAAGAUUUUGACGGUUUUCCCUGAAGAGUCAGGAGCUGAACCUUUGACUGAAGCAGUUUCAUUCUACUUUCUCUCUUCAUCAAUGCAGCCAUCAUUACUGUUAUAAGUUCUUCUAUUAGCAUUCUGCCUUAGUCAUUGCACUAAUACUCUUGAUAUUAUUAAUAGAAAUGGUGAAACUAUAUCAGUUUUUAACUACUUUCUAAACUUUGACUAACUACAUUUCAAGAGUUUUACAACUGUUUGAUUCAUUAUUUAAAACAUACUAAAAUAGAAAAUUUACCAAAUUUUAUAAAACUAAUUUUACUUGUAAUGAUCAUUUUAUGAUUAAAUAAAAAAUUUCUUUAUGAAGUA